AUGCGACUUGGAGCUACCAUGUUCUUCUUGCAAAAAGGCGAACAGAGGGGAAAGUUGUUUUCAGGAACCUCCCCAUCCGCCUUCGGGCGACGAAUUGAAAAAAUAAAACAGAGACAACUACGAGUUCAACGUAGAAAAUCAGAAAACGUGGAAAAAUCAACCGAUGAUACACAGUUGCAACUUCAACUGCAAGUUAGAGAUUCCGCCCUAAUAACAUUACCCUCUAAGGUUCAAGGUUCACAAAAAUCGGAUGUUACCAACUUAAGUGACAGUGAAAAUGUAGUUGAGUUGACUUCUUUCGAAUUAGUUCAGAUGCGGACAUUAGAUCACGUCAGUAUUGAAGUGACUAAGAAUUUACUUUAUUCUUCAAAACAAUCCUUUGGGUUUUAUACUAAUCAAUUUGUGAACUUAGAUGAGAUCUAUAACGAUUGUAAGAACUUUUAUCAACUAAUGGCUGCAAACAAUGGUCAUCACUCGGUUUUCUUGAGCGUUAAUGAAAUGAGAGGCUUGAGCUUAUGCUUCUUGAUUUUAGCAAACGCAGUGCUUUUUGGAAAUUUCGAAAAUUUAAAAUGGAUUACUAGUUCAAAAUGGCCGACCAAACUUGAAAUAAUGGAGAAUUUAAUAGAUGUUGCGACAAUGUUACGUUCGAAAAUAGAGUCACUCAACGGCGUAACAGAUUUAUUAUAUUUGAUGAAUUUCUAUUUUUUGAUAGAUUUGUAUUAUAAAUUUUCCUCAAAGAUUCAUUAUAGUUAUUACGAAUACAACAAUUUGCUACAUAACUUGAUCAAUAGCAAAGAAGGAUUUCCUUUUGUUGAAAGAAGAUCAAACAUAUUUGCGUUAAAUCUUUCUUCGAAAAAGCUAGCUCACAAUGUUUUGCAACUAAAAGUCAAAGAAAUGGCUACGCCUUUUUUUCGAGCCAAAGGACUUAACCAAAUGGAAUAUCUUCUUUCACCAAAUAAAGAGGUAUUAAAGAUUGUCAAUGAUAAGAGCCAAAUAUUCAUGGAACCUUUCUUCGAAUUUCAGCUUCAAGUUUGUUCCUUGCACUUCAAUAGAGUACCAUUUGCUUCUUCUGCUAUUAGUAUUAUUCACUCUUAUUUAACAUUGAUCAUUGAAAUUGGCGAUCUAUUAGAGGUGGCAUUGAAAGAUUUCUCCGAGAGGAUAUCUCGCCCCAAAUUUAAAUAUGCUGAUGAUUUUCUCUUGUUACAAAAGAAUCAGAAGGUACUUUCCGACCAAUGCAAAAAUAUUACGCUCAUGAAGCUUGAAUCAGGAUACUUCCCGUCGAUUAUAUUUUUGUCACAUUUGUUUACGGUUAUAUGCAUGUUUAACCACUUCAGUGGUUUAAAAGGAGCCGUUGAAAGCUCCGAUUCUUCAAAGACAUUCUUGCAAUUGUUCGUCGAACAACGGGGGAUUCAUGCUCUUGAAAUAUUUUAUGAAUGUAUGGUUCGUCAAGGAAUUUUUGGAAUGUGUUUGAAAUGUAUAUACGACGACCACAAAGGUGUGAUUGACCUAAACUACAUUUUCAAGCUAAUUUUACAUCGUUUUGAUUCGACCUUUGAAUGCUUUGUCCAUGACCCAAUGCAUUCAGAUUUGUAUGAAGAUGUGCCAUUUUACCAUAUGUCAAUCGAUUUGAUCACUGAGUUGACUCAUUUGUUACACUCACCAAAGUGUAACUUUUCACUGCCUAUUGAUCUAACUGAAUAUAUUCGAAGCAAGCUACCAUCUCCUUUAUUGAGCUUCUUCGUUAACAACUGGUUCGGCUCUCAGGAUAGCAUGGCGCUAUACAUUGAAAAAGUAUGCGAAUUAUUAACUUUUGUUAAGACAUGGAAGCUGCCCAAUGGCAUACCUAUCACAAGCACAAAAAACUUUAACAUGUGUAUGGUAGUGGCCAAUGAAAAUUCACUCUCAGGAUUUCGUUUUUCAAAAUCCUUGAUCUCGGAUUACGUUUCUGAUAUAGUGGAGCCCAACUUGCAACUUUAG